CUCCCCUGGCGCAGGGAUUUUUUGUCCGAUCACACAGAGUGGCGCGCUGGCGGCCCGUGAUUCUUGGAAAUGCAGGAGUCGAUUGAGAUUGCUUUGUCGCUUCUCAAUCCGGCAGUGGCGUCGCGGGAGCUGAUCUAGGUGUGUGAUCUCUUGCUCUCGAACGCGCUGUAGCAGCGGAGGGGUUUUGGAUCAUGUUUCUUCGCGGCUGAGAGGCGGUAUGACGAAGGAGAGGGGGCAUGUUGUUCACAGUGGAGGAUGCCGGAGCCUGCAAUUUGUUCCUGGAUUGUCGUCGCCCUCGCCGGCGGUGUAUCGAGUCCCGAGAACUCCUCUCGCGAAUGGACCGUUUAGAGGAUUGAUCAUCUGUGUCACUGGUCUGUCCAAAGAAGUUCGAGCUCAAGUCCAAGAUGCCACCGAGAGAAUGGGUGGAGUGUACAGUCCGGAUCUACAUCCUCAGUGUACACACCUGGUCGUCCAGAGCUUUGUUGGACGAAAGUUUGAGCAUGCUUUGAAGCACGGGGUAAAACGUGGAUUGUUCGUCGUGACUUUGGCAUGGUUUAUCAACUCAGCUAAGCUAAAUGAACGUCUGGACGAAUCUUUGUACGCUGUGUCAAAGAAUUCCUUUUUCAACGCCGUGAUUUCUCCGGAACAGGGACUUUUCGAUGGCGAACACGCUUGCUUGCCCAGCAGAUUCGAAGAAAGCAAAUCCGGGGACAUCUCAGUGAAGUCCCUGGCGGAGUCUCCAAAUGCCGAGAGCAAGCGUGGUCUUCUCUUGAGAGGCUUCACGCUUUACCUGGAUCCGUGUCUUUCUGAGGACGUGCAAGCGAAGGUGGUCGCUGGAGCAAGCAAAGAAGGUGCGACUUUUGCUGACAACUGGUACAGUGGUUCCGAUGUUACGCAUGUUGUCUGUGAAAGGGACUCUUUUCUAACUUAUACGGGGUCAACAUGUAAUCUAGUCACUCCAUUAUGGUUGUUGAAGAGUCUCAAAGAGCAUGCGCUGCAGCGCAUGGUGCAACUAUCGACAGAUCUAGCACGGCACUUGGCUUUUGUGGCUGAUCUUUUGCAAAGUAAAAGCUCGUUGCAGAAUGAAGACGCGGUUAAGUCUCUUCAAACAGAACGUGAGGAGCUCGUUAAGAACGCGAAAGAAGGCGUAAGGAGGCGCAGAGGACAACGUAAACAGCCAUGUCGGACAUUGCCACGCCCAAUCACUGGAGCCACACUUUUAGAUGGCCUGUGCUGGUCUGUUACGGAUUGUCCUUCAGCAGCAAAGGUUUACGCCGAAAUUUCUCCCAGUGACGAGUUCUUCGAUGCUCCUGAUAAUGGGAACACGUCGGGAUCAGAGAGUGAUUUGUUUGCACGUCCUCUCACUGAAAGUGAAAGGCAGGAGAUAAUUUAUAAUGCAGUCUUUUUGACUGUCAUGUUUCCAGUGGACCGCUUUGCCGAGAUGGGACCGUCGUCGAGAUCAUUUUUCUGUGAGAACGGCUUCACCAGGCAACAAAUAAUGGAAAACAUCUAUCAGUUUUACCAGGAGCCUUUGUCGGAACAGGAGUUGAACGUAGCAAUCAACACAGAUUCGAAGCACGCUGAUAAGCUUCGAGCCUUGUACGCUGCCAGAGGGAGCAGUAACGACGUCAUGAAGCGUCACGAGUUUAUUGGAGGCAGGAGAUGCUUUGAUGGCCUCAAGCGGCUAAGCCGGGAAAACACCGGACAGAUUUACGAGCUACUGCUGGCAUCUUGAUCAAAAACACCAAUAACACAAACCUGUAUAUAUCAGAAAAGGUUUUGCUGGUAAGUGGAGAUAAUUUUUUCUUUGCUACUAUGGGGACCAGCAGCAUCACCUGGCUUGGGAAUCAAGAAUGGCCCGAAUGGAGAAGAGACACUGGAAGAGGCUGGCGGCUGCCGGGCUCUCGCUGCUGCUACUCAGAGUCGCCUACGACGCCAUCCUCUUCUUUUCGCCGCUGAUAAUCUCCACGAUG